ACGAGAAACCGAACUAUUCUUACAGCCAGCGAGGAGUCCUACGAGCAGUCUGAAGAAUGGCAUCCAGAGGAUUAGGUCUACUGUCGUUGGUGGUAUCAGCCAUUGUAGUGGCUGGCCAGCCACCGUUCCCUCCGCCACCGGGUGGUGGUCCCCCUGGAGGAUUUGGACCAUUUCCAUUUCCACCAUUUGGAAGUGGCCCACAAAGAAAUCGAACUACCCCACCGUUUGUAAGGGGCCCACCAGGAAGCUCACCAUUUCCACCGUUUGGAAGCGGCUCACCGAUUGGAAGUGGCUCACCGUUUGGAAGUGGCUCACCGUUUGGAGGUGGCCCACAAGGAGUUCGACCACGACCUGGAGGCCCUCUUCCGCCUCGAUUCCCAGAUUCUGGCCAAAACGCAACUGUUAUUUCCCCCGAGGAACUGGCGAACAGAGCUUUGGCACAAGCCACGAACGGUUCAACUUGCUUCCCUGGAAUAAAUUCUUGCAGUGGAAACAUUUGCGGCAAAAAUCUGAGUUCUGUAUUCCGUAUGGUAGAAGAAGGGGAAUUUAGAAUUCUGGUCACUAAUGGCAUACCGAACCAUACAUACGCUGUUGGAGCUCAGACGCCAAACCCGAACAACGUGUGCGUCCACAACUCGUACAUGAAGGUGCCAAGGAACCCUACGCGAGGAAGCUUCCAGCAGAGCGGAAUGGGUCCUGUUGGGAUCGCGCUCUCUGGCGGCUUCUUUUACAAUCACCUGUCGACUCCUUCAGGCGACGUGGCGAAGGAGGUAGAGGGUGCUUCCUUUGACUCUUGCAGCGGUCAUGCUGAUCCUCGGUGCAGAUACCACUACCAUAUGGUGCCUAAAUGUCUUGACCCAGACAACACUUGCAAACUUGUCGGCUACAUGUUGGACGGCUUCCCAGUGUACUCUUACUGCACCGUCGAUGGACAGCAACUGCGGAGCUGCUAUAAGAAAGUGAGUGGAGACGGGACCAACCAAAGCCACUACCAAUAUUCUCCAGACAGCGAAUGCCAACUGGACGAAGCCAACGGGUACGAUUUCGGAGGAACACAGGGAUACGGAUAUGUGUUCUCUGAGAAUUAUCCUUUUAUUAUGCGCGGAUUCAUGGGAUCCAAAGUCUACAGCAUCUGCAGUGUUGUUUAAUGUUCGAAGUUUCUCUUGGUACUGAUUCCAGGAUUAAUGGACUGGAGACCACCGUUUUCUUAUAAGUGUUAAUUUUGGAUAAUUUGUCGAGUUAUAUGUCACAUUUUUUGGUAAAUUUCUGAUUUUCAGGUAACUGUUCAAUUUUAGUUUUUUUUAAUAUCAAAUAAGCAUAAACCUUUACCAAUGUAUGUUAAUGUUCACCAAUGAAACAUUCGUGAUUAAAUGGAUUUGAAUGGCAAAAUUA